AGACUACUUCGGCUCGCGCGGCUUCAAAUUCGUCUGGUUCUGGUGAAGAGCUCGUGUGCGGUUCAGCGAACCUUACAGGAUUUACUGUCAGCUGCAGAGUUUACCUCACGGAUUAUAUUCCUGAUAUGUGCAAUAUGACCUACGAGGAAUUUUGCGGGGAUAACGCCACGGAAAGAAUGGACUCUGUGGUGAAAGCACUUGAGGAGGUGCUGACUGCUGCUUUACCUCAGGGCUGUAUCACAGUCGGGGUUUACGAGGCUGCAAAAUCACUCAACAUAGACCCAGACAACGUGGUCCUGUGUCUCCUGGCUACAGACGAGGAGGACGUCCACGAUGUCGCCCUUCAGAUCCACUUCACGUUGAUCCAAGCGUUUUGCUGCGAAAACGACAUCAACAUUCUGCGUGUGAACAACAUAAAACGACUGGCCGAGAUCCUGGACGGUGUCAAGCCAAUGGGAGGAGAGCCAGUGGACCUGCACUGCGUCCUAGUCACUAAACCACAGUCAUCUGCAUGCAAAGACCCAGCCUUGAGCAAACUGAAUCGCUUCUGCAGAGACAGUCGCUGUUUGGACCAGUGGGUGCCCGUAAUCAACCUGCCUGAGCGAUGAACCCGAGCACAUGGAUCAAAUCACGAAUCACACAAGCUACUGCACCAUAUUUGUGUAUACCUGCCUCGGCCGAAUCCCUGGACUGUCUUUACAUUGCCACAAGGAGGAUGACAGGAGUGGGGGAAAUCGACAAUAUGCAAGGAACAAGGAAAUCUAAUCCACCAGUUAUGCUGAUCAGGAGGAUGGGGAUUUUCUUUCAGGCCGGAGAGAGUGAGGCAUGAACAGGAAACAUGACUCAGCAGGGUGUUAGCAAUGUUGACACGGAAUGAACAGCUCCUGCCUUUCCGGAAUAAUAAGACAGUACCGGAAAUCACAGGACCAGAAUAAAUUGGAAUGACUGCACUGAGCACAACUCAGAUUGAUGGAUUACUAAACAUAUUUCCACAGAACGUUCUGGAACUCGGAGAGGACUUUUAACUUAUGAUGUUUAAUUAUUAACUUUAAUUAUUCUAUCUAUUUAAACAUGGGAAUUGUUUUUUUGGUUCUGCAAAACUGAUGAGUUUGGUAAAGCGUUAUGUUUUAUGUGAGCGUUCUCUUUGUCUGUCUGUUUAAUGUGUUUAUUUAAUGAUUUGUAUUUAUGUUGAAAUGUACAGUUUUUUAAAACUGUUAAAAAUGAAAACAAAUAAAAAAGCAACACAA